AUGUCGUCGUCAGCUAAAUGUCGUAGCUGUGGAUCCAAUGACAUCGAAACGGAUCCAUCUCGUGGAGACUCCGUAUGUACAGCAUGUGGUGUGGUCUACGAAGACCAACUAAUUGUAAGCGAAACUUCAUUUGAAGAAACUUCAUCAGGUAACAUGAUGGUCGUGGGUCAAUUUGUAGCAAGUGAUUCAACAGGUUCAGCGUCGGGUUUUGGCGGUGGUUACCGAAUCAACAGCAAAGAGUCUCAUGAAAUAACAAUUCAGAAUGCGCGCAAAGGAAUAACUCAUUUAUGUCAGCAAUUACAUUUAAAACCAUACAACAUCGAGAUGUCGGUGAAUUUUUAUAAAAUGGCCUUAGCUAAAAAUUUAACCCGUGGUCGAAAACAAGCCCACAAUCACGCUGCAUGUGUUUACAUAACAUGCAGAACAGAAAGAACAUCACAUUUAUUAAUUGACAUUAGCGACGUACUUCAAAUAGAUGUUUAUGAACUAGGACGUACGUAUUUAAAAUUUAUUACUGCAUUUUCUUUGACAAUGCCUUCAAUGGACCCCUGUUUAUACAUAAUUCGUUAUGCAAGCAAACUAGAUUUUGGAGCUAAAACUCAUCAAGUAUCAACAACUGCAUCGCGAUUAGUUACUAGGAUGAAGCGUGACAGUAUUCAUAGUGGUAGAAGGCCAUCAGGUUUGUGUGGAGCUGCUUUAUUGAUAGCAGCACGAUUGCAUGAGUUUAAUCGUACACCCAGUGAUAUUAUUAAAAUAGUUAAGGUACAUGAAUCAACACUACGUAAACGAUUGAUUGAAUUUGGUGAUACUCCGUCAAGUGCGUUGACGCUAGAUGAAUUCAUGACUGUUGAUUUGGAAGAAGAACAAGAUCCACCUGCGUUCAAAGCAACUCGGAAAAAAGACCGCGAACGUCUACAAAAGUUGGAGAAUAUCGAUGAAGAGUUUGACGAUCUGCAAAAUGAAAUUGAUAAACAACUCAGUCAGCACCAAAUCUCGAGGAAGAGAUCGCGUGAAAUGAGUAAUACUGAAGAUAUCGAGACAAAUCGUUUUAUACAUAAAAAUACAGUGGAUGUUAUUCAGAAUUGUUUGGAAGAUAAUUCUGAUAAAACUGACGGAAAAUCAAAGAGCAGUAAUAUUGAGUUGGGACCGGACAUAGCCUCGAUGGGAUUACCAUAUUCAUUUACCGAUUCACGCAAUGCUAAAGAAGUAAAUGAGAAAGUUGAUAAAUUCAAUAAUGGAUCUGGUGAGAUUGAUCUUAAUGGAUUAGAUGAUGAUGAGUUGGAUAGUUAUAUUUUGUCAGAAACAGAAGCUGGGAAAAAAACAGUUAUGUGGAAUUCUGUGAAUGCUGAAUAUUUGGAAUUACAAAAAGAAAAAGAGGAAAAAAGACUUAAAGCUAUAGAAGAAGGAAAGCCGGAAAAGAAAAAACGAAAAACUGGAAACAAAAAAAAACAAUCUGUACCAGCUAAUACUACUGGCGAAGCUAUUGAAAAAAUAUUACAAGAGAAGAGAAUAUCGUUAAAAAUUAAUUAUGAUGUUUUAGAAACAUUAAAAGCUCUUAAAAAAGAAAGCGGAGAAUUUUUGCCUUGUUAA